AUUUGCUGUCAGCAAGAGGAAGCAAUUGAAAGGAGAAAAGACGGAAGGGAAACUUCAAUUUUUUUUUCUCUUAGUCAGCCGAAUUCAGCCUUCUGGGACUCUUCAUCCGUCCCAUCCCGUCGUCCUUGUUGCACCCCAGCCAAGUGAGAUAUUUGACUCCAGAAAUCUGGUCGGGAUCUGGUCUUUUUUUUUCUCUCCAAGGAGAGUCAACAUGGCGAGCCACCUGUGGUUUGCAGCGGCUGCCCUGAUCCUGUUGUCGGAGGUCGCUGUUUCCCAGCAAAACAUCUGCCAAGCAUCCAACGGCAGAGACGGGUACCCGGGGGCCCCUGGUCGGAACGGCAGAGCGGGCCAAAAAGGAGACAUGGGUGCCCCAGGGUUGGGGACACGGAGCAGCGGAAUCCGGGGGCCGAAAGGCGAACCUGGGGAGCCCGGUCUUUCGGGAGAACCAGGAAGCCAAGGUGUCCGAGGUCUGGAUGGACCCCCGGGCCCUCCUGGAGAAAUGGGGGACAGGGGCCCGAAAGGCCAAGUCGGAAACUUUCAGGAUCAGCCCAAGACCGCCUUCUCGGCUUCUCGCAAGAAUCCUUCUCCGGGCCUGUCCCCCAAAACUGUAGUUUUCGACCACAGCAUCACAAACCAGGAUAACGCCUACAGUACCCAGACUGGGAAAUUUACCUGUAGGGUCCCAGGGUAUUAUUAUUUCGCGUUUCAGGUGGUCUCCAAAGGCAGCUUGUGUCUGGAUUUGAUGCACCAGGACAAUGCGGUGGCCACCUUCUGCGACCAGAGCCAGGGUCUCCUGCAGGUCAACUCGGGGGGCAGCGUCCUCAACCUGGCUCCAGGAGACCAGGUGUGGCUGGACAGCAACCUGCCAGGUGUGGCCAAUGUCUACAGCGGGACGGAGGCCGACAGUGUCUUCAGCGGCUUCCUCUUGUUCCCCACCAAGGCUUGAUCGAGCUGCGGGUUUUGUUGUUGUUGCUGUUGCUGUUGUUGCUUUUUUUUUUGCAAU